UUCAAUCAUGGAAGCAGAAAGUUUUGGAGAUCUUGGAGUGUCGGGGCGAAUGGGAGACAGUUCUGAAGAAUCUGAUGAUCUUGAUGAAUGUGACAGUUAUGGUUAUGAAGCUAUAGACAGAUCUUGCAAAAUUGUUUAUGCAGAUCAACUCAAUCCUCUACAGUAUACACCAAGGGUGCAAAUAUGGUUAGGUGGACCAGACCCUCUCGACAUUAUCCGCAUUUAUUCCAAUGAAGGAGAUUUGUCCAAGAGCAUUCCCCCUCACUGGCACUUCAUCACUUUCGGCUUCAGCGACUUGUAUGGCGAUGAGAGAGUUCACCGGCGAGUAGAGCGUGGAGAGCCGAGUGGCUUCGGGUUUGAGCUGACACUGCGUGUUCGGAGGAACAUUGAGGAUACAGAUCCACCAGAUUGGGGCUCCACGCUCAUCAACAAGCUGGCUCGCUAUGUCUUCCACACAGGCAAUGUGUUGCAUGUUGGAGAUCACAUCCCUUGGCAUAAGCCCCUGGAUGGGGAGAGCUGCUGUAGGAUACAACACAUGCUGGUAGCGGAGGACCCCCAGCUCCUCGACCUGGACACGCCGUACGGCACCAUCGAGUUCAGACAGUUGGUGGGGGUGAUGGAUGAGGAGAUCAAGGCAGCACAGAAGUGGAAGGGCGCUGGCAUGUUACACCUCCUGCAGGAGUCACCAGAUGUUGGCCCAUUCUUUGUAACUGACAUGGAUCGUAAGAAGUCCCUGUUUGAGAAGAAUCCCAGUUUACAGGCGAUGGUGAUGGAGGGGAUAGAGAAGGAUGGGUCCAACAUGGGGCACGUCACGGCUGUAUUCAGAUGGAGGCUCUUAAACCAAGAGUCGGGUGAACACACACCCAAGAGAAGUUUAAAGAUGAAGGAGACCGGGGCCACUCCUGCCGAUAACAACAAUGACAAUAAGGAGAACAUUGUCCUGGAUGAGGACCAGGACGACGACCUGCUGCACGUGGAGCCCAUCGAUGCCGUCCAGCUGUGUUUUGAUGCAGAGGCUGCUGAGCUGCUCCCUAUGGUGGUUAAAGCUAGGUUAAAGAAGGGUAGAUUUUUCAUCUUCCGUAGUGCGGACAAUCAUGCUGUCCAUCUGGUUCCGUCAACACAUGACCAAACUGUGUUUGUCAACGAUGUCCAACCCAUGAAGGCCAUGGGCACAGAUUUACAGAUCUUCUGCACCCAAGCCCUGAUAGAAGAAAUGUCUGAAGCUUUGGAAGAACUCCAAACUGUGGAUGAGGACCUAUCCAGAUAUCCGAAGCUGUUUCAGUUUUCCAGUCCAUCAGUUCAAGUGGCUGUGUAUCCUCGAGGCCAACUGUCCAUGUCAAGGAAAGACAGUCCACCAAAGUAAUUCAUGGCCAAAACUCAGCCCCAGAACACUCACUCAGCAUGCAGCAGCCCCAGCUGAAUGAGCCUAGUAGAGGACGCGUUUGCUCAUCACACUGAGAGUCCAGGUUCGAUGCUCAACUUGGGUAUAAAUGAAGCUGGCCUUUUCAUGGUGUCCUUUUCUCUGACACCAAGGCAAUACUGCUAAAAGCAACAUUAAACCUUACUCAGCUGAUAGUCGCUCAACCACUGUUGCAGUUUGUCAUCCACUCAUUUCAGGAAAGUGCCUACGUGAGUGUCGAACAUUGUGUAGUAUUCUGUAUGAAAAAUGCAGUAGGUGUUGGUUGUAUAGCAUGAAUACUAUCUAGUGCUCCAACUUUUCCAAAUGAGGAGUAUGUUCUUUUUUAAUCUGCAGCAGAUGAGUACUGGAUUUGUUAGAUCUCUCAACUGGAGAUGAAAUUUUCAGACCAAAAUUUCAUUCCUAUUACCCAGCUUUAUGUACACGGAACAAGUUCAGGGUUUCAGGGUAUUGUUGUUAGCAAUAGAGAUUCAUUUCUGCUGAUAAGUGUUUGCCUUCCAUCCAGGAUUUCAUUGGUACAUACAAAGGAAAUCCUGAUUAACGUCAAAUGUUAGGAAAGAUGAUUUUGAACCAUGAGGAGAGUACCUGGUACUGUAGAAAUAUGAAAGGAGGCCUCAAAAGCUGAUUUACCCCAAUAUUGGAGAUACUAUUUUAUAAUGUAGUCAUAUUUGCUUGUUGGCUAUACAUGCAUAUGCCAAACCAUAGAUACAACCAUGUCUCCAGCACUGGAGUGUGUGUUGAGAUUGUAGUGUUACAGCACUAAGACCAUUAAACUCCUACAGACUUAACUUUGAAUGUCAAUAUGUAUGCAGUGUAAUUUCCUGAAGGAUUUCAGUCAUUGAUGAUUUGACUGAACCCAGAUUGGAGAUUUGAAAAUGUGUUGCACAGCCUCAAGACAUUUAGGCUUAAAAAAAUAAAAGAACUGGUUCUCAGGCAAUGGUUUCUGAAAAUAUAGUGCGGAGAGGUGGUGUCUUUUUGUAUACAUUUUUCUGGUUGUUCAAACAUUUGUGUAACCAAAUAAACAGUUGUGUACAAUCAACCUGGGAAAGGGCCUCCCUACAUAAAUGUAUUCCUUGAUGAGUAAAAUACUGGAAUACAGUAUUUGAAAACGGUUGGACUUGGAAUAUUUAAGGAUUUUUAUUUUUGUUUUCAAAAUGGAAAUAAAAAUGAAAAGAGACUAUUAUUUUUUAGCCUCAUUCAACUUAUGGGUCACAAAACAAUUUUCUAACACAUAAAUAUAUCGUGUAUGAAUGAUAUAAAAUUCUGUCAGUAUGUCACAUCUAGAGAAGAUUAUCUGUAUAAUCAUUUAAUAAUAUGUCAUUAUAUUUGAGAUUGUACCACGGGCAGAGAAAGUGACUUAGUAUGGACUAUGGAAUGUACAAGUUGUGCAGUCUGUUGUGUGGUGAGGCCUGCUAGUGGUGUAGCUCACCUGACAAAGUCCAAAGGCAAUAUGUCAUUAAUGUUUAGUGAUAUGAAAUAAUUGUUAAAGUUAUCCAGGGAUCAUGGGUUUUCAGACCUCCUAAGUUUCAGAGGGCCAUGUUUAUCGCGAGUACUCACGCUAUAACAAUGGGUGUGGCAUCACAUUUUAAAUACUCAGAUGAUGACCUGUUUCUAACAUAAAGCCCUCUUUUAUAACUGAGUGAGAUAUUUCAUAGUUGUUCUUGUGAAUAGCGAGAAAACUACGAAUGUUUCUUAAGCGUCCGAAAACCCAUAACACGAAGAUACUUUCAAUCUAGAAACAACAUGUUAAUGCAAAUAUGUCAACUGAAACAUCUGGUUUGCCAGUCCUAUGAGCUCUGAUAAUGUGGCACAUGUAGGAGUUACAUUAUGUACAGAGGAGCACCAAUACAAUACAGUCCAGGGCGCACAUGCACAAUGCGAUCUUAGCGCUAAGAUGAUCGUAACUCCCAUACUUCAACAUAGGCUUACCAUAGUCUUAGCGCUAAGAUCGCUUUGUGCAAGCACAUCCAGGCAGGAUCAACAGUUUAAACAUGAAAGAUACUUAAACAAUAAUUCAUGUUGUGUAUGCUUGUAUUUAUUAGAGCAUGUCAUUUGUAGUUCAUCACGUAUAGUGCUAUGUAAUAUUCAUACAUUCCAUUUAAUGUAUCUGGGGGGUGUAGUUACCAUGGUUACACUGGUAUGUAGGACUCAGAACUAGGGUCUGCUGGCAGAUUGUGAAUCCCAUAUAUACUCACUGCCAAAAGAAACGCGAAUACCAUGCAUGUCGGUUAAUAUAUGGAGAAUUACUCAUAUUCAAGAUAUAUUAGAUUGGUUCGAUACACAAACAAACAUAUAGGUAUAUUGUGUGAACCGAUGUGACGUCGUAGAUCCUUGACUCGUGCAGGAUUAGCGUGUAAGUUUGGAAAUUACGUGCAGCAUAUAGUGAGAAGAAUAAAAAUGCCCUGUGGUACCACUUGACAGAUUGUUAGUUUUGUCAUUAAUUGCUACACAUUGGAAUCUCUUCUUAACAUACAUACUUCUCUAUAUGUUUCUGUGGUUUGCGUUUCUUUUGGCAGUGAGUAUAUAUGCCCACAAUAACAGUGGAAUACUGCAUGUUAGAUUUGCAUAAUGCUAAUGAUGGUUGGGGUCUGUACACUGAACUGAUGGAGGAUAUACAGUUGAUUUGUGACGAUAGUGUACAUGAGAGUAGACAUGAGAGUAGUCAUGGGAAGUAGGACUGCAGAUCUGAAAUUCUGCCACAAAGUCCUACUCCUGAUCUGAGCCCUCUGCAUGAGACCAGGUUAAUUCAGACACUGCCAUCUCUCUGAACACAGAUCUGUGUAUGUAUGUCGACAUUUCAAACUGUUGAAACAGUCAUAGACCAGGAAAUGUUUCCAGACUAACCUGUGUUUGUCUGUAUGAAAAUAUUUUAGUCAUAAUUGUAUAUGGUUAGCAGGACUAAACCUGUUUUGUUUGAUCUCCCUUUUCAAUGCUAUGUUGCAAUGGUCAUUCCCAUGCUGUCAGUAUGCUGAUCCGUACUAUAUGUUACAUGUGUUAUUGUUACACUAUGCAAACUGUUCUGUGAUAUUCUUCAUUCAUUAAUAACAGGGUAUUUAGGCUUUUCGUUGUAUAUUGACAUGUGCCUGUUUGUAUUUGCAUAUGAUCUCAUAAGCCUUGUGUCCAGACUGUGUUUGCCCUAUCCUUGUCUUGAUGAGUUGUCAUUGAAGCACAGCUUAAAGCCCUUAACCAGUGAGAGGUCGCCAUUUGACGGUGGCAUGUGGAGCUGUGUACAGCACAAAGUUUUGCAGCAUUGCUCGCAGCAUGUAGUUGCAUGGGUGACAGUGUUUGGUGGCUUGACUCCUGAGAGUUUCAAGGGUCCCACAGUGAAGCACAUGUAAUACUUUGUUUGAAAUGUGCCUCUGUUCACCAAGUAGUGAGUGGGUACCCGGUAGGAUGAGAUGGUAAUGUGACUGUUAACCAUCUAGCACCUUGCGAACAGCUUGGGUUGUAUACUCUUCAGGGAGCUGAGAAUGAAAAUCAAGAGCACAUUGAUCCAUUGGCCGAAGUAAUAAUAUAGUACUUUGGGCAUGCUUUAAGAUUAUUAUUAUUAUUAUUAUUAUUAUUAUUAUUAUUAUUAUCUGAUCACAUAUGACUUUAUGAGAAAGUCCUGCAUGUUUCCUCCACAGAGCAGUAUCAGACAUCUGAUGUAAAUCCUGUAUGGCAGCGUCCACUGUCUGUCAAAUCAGCACUCACUUACAAUUUUAUAUUCUAGUACUAGUCAAUUCGUUUUAAAGAUUUACCUGUCUGUUUAUACAUCUACACCAUGAUUCCAUGAACAAAUGGUGAGAUACGCACAACAUUGUCUCCCUUUACUAGAACUAGAGAUCUGACACCAUCCUCAACUUGAUACCAGUCAGGUAAUAUUUCAGCAGCCUCUUUGAUAUGCCAUUUAGAAAGUGGUCAAAUGUAACAAAUGUUAAUUUGGGAUAACACUUUUAGAGUAAAGUACAGAGUGAGGCACCUAAUCGCCAGCACACAAAGUCAGUGAUUUAACCCACUCAGCCACCGAGGCUUCCACAAAAUAAAAGUGUGACAACUGGUAGUCUAGAUCAUGUACUUUGUGUAAACCCUCCGACAUGUGUAAAUUGGCAAUGAGGUGUGCAGGCAAUUAGUGUGCUGGCGAUCAGGGGCCUCACUCUGGCAGUGUGGGUUCAAAUCCCAGACAAGACUCCCCCCAAAAAAGUACAAGAAUCUGUACUUUACUCAGAAAAUGUUAUCUCAAAUAUAACAUUUGUUACAGCCUCUUUUGAUGUUUAUGGGCAUGCAUAAAAAGUUAGGGACAUUUAGUGUUUCAUUUAAUAUAUGUAAAACAUUUUUAGUUUGAUGUGAAUUGUGUUUUUGACAUAAAUGUAAUUUAAAUAAGAAUGAAAUGUUUCCAAGACAAUUAGCUGUGUACCACAUUCCUUAUGCAAAACUUGCCAUGUGCCUAAGAGGAAUGAGUAACUAAACCAAAUACAAGAAUACCAAAUGUCAUAAUCUUAUACAUCGUACCAAGCUGUUGGGUUUUGGCAUGCUUGAUGCCUUGUAGUGAUUAGAAACUACACAAUAGAAAACUGAUGGCCAUUCUUGGAAAACGUAAAGCAUAAUAUAAUUGUUUUCUUUCUUAUUCAAUUCCCAUUGCUAUUCUUAUUGGUAGUUUCGGGGAGUGAUAUUUAAUGUGUUUUCUCUUGGCUAUCAUGGUUAAUAUUCUGGAUUGCUCAACAUAGUGCCAUGCUCAACGUCUGUGUGAACAAUAGUGGGCUUCCCCUGAAAGAUGCAGAACUAUUAUCACCAUUAUGUCCACUGCAUUGUUCCUACUGACUGCUGUGCAGAGUUGUGUCCCUUUGCUAUGACAGGAUCUGGUAGUCAAGAGUUCAAAUCCCAGAUUACUUGGUUUGACAGCACCAUAUCCAUGCUCUUGGGUUUCACCAAAGUAGAAAACCUCUGUGGGACCUGUUACCCUACCACAUGAAGCUAACGCAUUGUGAUAUGAUGAUACAAAAACAUUUUGCUCACUCCAACUGCCCAUCUUAAUCAUAAUACUGACUAUAUCUAGGAUAAGUGCUGUAGUUACAUCAAUAUCCUGUAAAGUAUUUUCUAUGAUACAAUGUCAAUAUGCUUCCAUCCAUAUUUUAUUUGUUCAUGGUUUUGCUAUGAUGCUAUACCAUUGCUUGUUGAUAAACUGGCAGCUUGUUAAACUUGUUUUAUUUAACUUAUGUGUUUUGAUGGUGUUGGAGUUUUCUUCCUGUUAUUAGGACAUAAUGAAUGUUAAUUAUGCAAAUGCAAACAUAAUAUAUAAUCCUAUUUUCUAAUUGUAUUUUAAAGAGUUUAUAUAUUGAAGGAAAUAAACCUAUUGUUUGACAA